AUGGUCAAAACGCAGCCGACGACCUUGAUAACGGUUUUUAUCGCAAAACUGACGUAGAUUGGACGCCUUAUUUGUUCUUUCAACAACACAUCAAUUGUAUAUAACGAGAUUUAACAUUGUUGGAAGUACAAAGACAAGAGAAGAUGAGCAGCUGAAAAGUUUCGGAUGAAGGGAGGAAGUGAGCAGCGGGAAAUGGUCUGCUGCUGGGAAAGUGACCAGUUCGGCUAUGUGAAAGAGAAGCGUUGGGUUUGGCACGCGAGGAUUUGUUGUCCUGUGGGAGAGGGAGCAGCUGGCAGCUGUGGGCCAUUUGAAUCCCUCUCGACCAUUUCUAGACUCUUUCAAGCUCACCGGAUCCAUUCUCAGAGCUUUUGUAGCAAUCGAUUAAAUUAUUUGGACGUAACAAACUUUCGAAGAAAGUUUGGUGAUCUCUCAGAAUUAAAAAAAACCAGAAUUAAGAAGGAAGUCGAUGAAAAACUUGGCAUUUUUAGAAAUUUCUGAUUAAAGAUCAAUUAUUUACGGGUUAUAAAUUCGAAUAGGGUUAUAUUCAAAAGUUUACCACUUUAUUACAGAAAUAAUUUUUGUUUAUUGACCUUCAGAGAAUUUUUUGAUUUUUUGAGUGCAACAAGAGGGUUGUUUGAGUUCAAAACUCGAACACAAUAAGAAAAAUGCGACUUUGUAGUACUCAGAUAAUUCGACAUGAAGCUUGAAUAUAUCUCUAAAAGAAGCUUGUUUUUGGAAGAAACAACGAUUCUCAAAAAAGAAUCAGCUUGAAGCGCAAUGUGAAGACCAAGCGCCAGUUCAAAUAGAAGAUAUAUGUUUUUGUCUUCGGGACAAAACUCUAGUCAAGUACGAUAGAGGACUUAUUUGGGUAAAUCUCGACGCCGACACGUCGUUCUCCACCUCGAUAGCUAAUAAACCGCCGAGUACAGGCAUUAUCUAAGUUGGCCCUGCCGGUAGCACGAUUUACUAACCAAUAACGAGCUUAUAGGUGCUCGGAGCACGUUCCUCAAGCAAAUACCUUUGUCUUCGAUACGCUGCAUUUCUUUCUUUUUUGGAAAGGGACUUUCUCGUCAUUUGCAAUUUUUCAUACUUCUGUGUGAAUUUAUUUCUGCCCUUUUUGCAUUUUUCGUCCCAACUUUUUAUUCUGAGAAUUUGUGGAGCUAGAAUAUUAUCAAAGAAGAAUCAAAAACCUGCAACCAUUUUGAAAGGUUCCAUGAAAACUAAAAUUGACUUCUUGAAAUGAUCCUUCCAAAGAACAAUAUCUCGUCAGCUGAUUUUUGUUGGAUUCAUGGGUCUUUCAUAGGCGCUUCAGAACCAAUUUCCAAAUUGUUUCCAUCAACUUAUUACUCGUAUGAGAGAAUCCAACAAGAAACACGUAAACGUCUUUUCAAAUCAUUUUUUUUAAUUCCGCUGAUUUUAAGGCUUCGAAAUCCUGAUCACAACUGAAGGAUGUUUCGUUCUUCCUCACCAGCAUGAAAACCGGCGGAACGGCUCUUCGAUUUGAACGGAGAGGUGCCGGCUGGUGCCGACGGCCCACAGGUCUCGUCCAUUCUACUGCGUAAACAAUCGCAUAGCUAAUUAUAGGUGAAGCGGCCAUUUGUGAGCCGAAAAACGAUACAACCUUGUCUGGUAUCCACGGCGACUGGCCGAAUCGCAAAUAA